CGCUAAACCGGAAGUGUCGGGUCAGGUCUGGUCGGAGAGCGAGCGAUGGGGAGCGCGAGCGGAGUCGGGCCCGGGGCCGGGCGGCGGGGCUGGAGCUCCUGACUGGUGCCACUCAGCGCGAGCGAGUGUGACCUGGAAAGCGACACUGCACAGCAGAAGUGAGGCAGACCGACACAAUGGCUCCACAGCGAAUGGGCUCCCUUCCCCACAGGGUACUAACUGCACGGACUGGCCUUGAGGGGAAGGUGCUGAGUUGUACAGGGGUUCUGGCUGAGGGGCAAUGACCUGAAGCUGACUUUAUCCCUUGGGCCUCAGAGAGAGAGAGAAGAAAUAGCAAAAUGAACGGCGGGAAGGAAUGUAGCGGCAGCGACCAGGGUGGGGGUUCGCUGGCAGCCCAGGUUCCUGUCGGCUGGGAGAGGAGAGUGGAUCAGGAGAGGGUGGCAUAUAUCAGUCCCAGUGGCACGGUUCUCUCUUCUGUGCAGCAGGUGAGGGCUUAUCUCCUGACUGAGGGAGCUUGCAAGUGUGGCCUGGAAUGUCCUCUUAUCCUGCACAAGGUGUUCAGCUUUGACCCCGGGGCGAGUGUGAAGCGCAGGACGGCCGAGGAUGUCAAAGCGGACGAAGACGUGAUGAAGCUCUGCAAUCACAAGAGGAAGAUCAUCGCGAUGGCCACACUUCACAAGAGCAUGGAGACCACGCAUUCAUCGCUCGCCCUGAGCAGCCCCACCACUGGAGGAAAUUCUGGCCUGCUUACCCACACUACUCCAUCCGGGACUGCGCUGGGCAAACCACAGCAUUCACUAUCGCCCGAGUACAAGAACAUUUUUCUGUCCAAGCUCAUGGGCGCUCCGAAUUCACUGGGGAGGCCCUUCCAGCCAGCGUCGUCUCCAAACCACGACCCUCACUCUGGUUACCCCCGGCAGAGGCACGGCAGCUCUGACCACAGACAGACAUCUCCUUGCUCCCGCCAUCGGGGCGACCCGACCAGUCCUGUCUCAGCGGGGACCACCCUCCCCACCGCCAGCGCUCUGUCUCCUCACCUCGAAAGUAAAGGAAGAUGUGAAACUUUUGCAAGGACUUAUUCCCCCUUUAAUCCUGAACUCCAUUCGGGCUCGGUCCAUUUGCACCAAAACCCUUUGAUGGCUGUGGGGUUGCCACAGAAGUCUCAGGCGCUGCUCUCACGUGGUAUGAUCAGCCCUCCUCCUCCUCCUCCUGCUCCGCUCCCUCGCUCUCCAAAAAGCCCUCUGGUCAAGAACUCUUGCGGUUUUGCAUCGAACGCUGAUAUCGCGGCCUCUGUGUUCCAAAAACGUUCUCCGGGUCCCGUCACUUCUCUUCAGAACCCGAAGGAUCCUCUCGGCAUCUUGGAUCUGAUCUGUGAUGGCCUAGAGCCCACGGGUGGGGGGUGUUCGACCGCCCCCGCCGCCCAGCCCUCCCAACACUCUCAGGUAGCUGCGCUGAAUGUAAACGUCCCACCGCUGCUCAGCCAUCUCCCUUCACUGGCGGGCAGCACGGCUCACGGAAGCCCCCACCCAGAAUCGUCCCUCGCUCAAGUGGUCGGGGGGGUCAAGCGAGCACCCCAGAGGUCACGGCCUUCGUCCACCUCCUCGGACCAGGAAGGUUACACGCUGACCGGCCAGCAGUCUCGCUGCAGCACCCCAAAGUCUCACUCGAGAUCCCCAAGGUCACUGAAUUCCCCCAGGCCGUCGUUGCCGCCGAGUCCGAAGGCCAAAGUGGACGGGUUUUUCCAGCAGUACAAGGAGCUCUCUGGCCCGCUCUUUGCCACGGCCGGCAAUGCCGCGAGCCACCAAAGCCUCCCCCUGCACCUGCCCGCGCCCACUGACAAUGUGCCUCAGCCGAUGAAGCCGCCCGGCCUCCUCGGCAUGCCUUUGAACGAGAUCUUCAGCCAACAACACAACGCUGCCUUCUUCCCAGCGAGCAGCUUGCUCUCGGCGGCAGCCAAAGCCCAGCUGGCCAGUCAGAACAAGAUGGCGGCCGGCGGUGGGUACAACGCUACAGCCACCGGCAACCAUCGGACCCCUGAGAUACAAAGCACUUUACCCAACCAUUUCUCUCCAGCUCCCAAUCGGCUCCUCCCCAUGGCUGACCCCCCGUGUGGCCCCCAAAGGGAUAAGGCAGCGGCUCAACACAAGGACUUGUCCAAGAAACGGAAAACGGCCACUCCCACUGUGCUGAGCAUGCUCAAACAGUCCCAAACCAACCUGUCCAAUGGAUCGAAGCUCGAAGCUGACAUAUUAAGGAACCAAUGGCCCAAUCUCUCUCUGGUCAACCAGCCCAUGUCUCAGUUACUUCACUCUUUGAGUGCUCAGAGCUCUCAGGCAAAUAGCAAUAACAGUACUUGUCAUAUAAACUCUGUGUCUUUUCCGUCUUGUACCAAUAACCAGUUCAAUAUCGUAGCAUCAAACCUAAACCCUUCUCCUGUGCAGAACCUACCGGUUGUAAAUGUGCCUGUUGGGUCUGUUGGAGAGACAACCUCCAGCCAAAGUCUAAGCACUAACCUACUCUCUAGCUAUCAGGAGGCCAACAGUCACCUUCUUGGCCUGGUCGGCCAGCUGGCUCUGUGUUCCCCAGGACCUUCCUCGGGAAGUGCCCCUGUCCUCAAGAUUCCAGCCUCCACGCUGCUCAUGCUCCCACACAGCUCUGGCAGUAGCAGCCAAAACCUUGCUGAUGUAGAAGGUGCCAGCCAGUCUGUUUCCGUCUCUAUCGCUGGCAAAGGUCACCCCGCCAUCACCAAGACCACCUCAGUCCUCAAUCCUGGUGUGAUAGUUACCACUACAGUAGACGGAUCCUUGCCUGGCCCGUUGCCUCUUGCAGAUGCCUUUGCGUUCAUUAACCAGGAUCAGGUGCUUCCAUUUGGACAUUCAACAUCCCCGAGUGGUGGACAAUCCAAUCCUCUGAACCCAAACCUACUUAGCUCCCUUCCCAUCUCGCUGCCCAUGAACCAGCAACCGACGCUCAACCAAAAUCCAUUGCAGUUGGUUCCCACUGCAGUAGAAGGGCAGGGCGAUGGCAUGUUGAACCUUUUGGGCCUUCUUAACCCUACCUUGAACCCAGCUUUAUCUCCAAAUUCCAAUGACCUCGAUGGACAAACACUACAAGCCCUCCAGAUUCUAAUGGCUGCCUUGCAUAAGAACCAGUCCCAAGCAAGCUUGCUUCCCCUGGCAUCCCUUAACCUGUCUGUUCCAGACUUGGUACAGCAGCAGACUAACUCCUUGCCCUCUGUUAUCCAGCUUCCUACCCUACAGGACCACCUAUCCAGUGCCCAAGCAGCAGGGGAAAGAGCAGAUGGAUUAAUAACCAAUCCCCUUGGCAAUGCAUUUGGUGGACUCUCUAGUAAUGACGGCUCCUCACAAUCCCUUCUCUUCCCAACAGCGUCUUCUACCCCAGCCUUACUGGCCUUAAACCAACAACUCCUGGCUGCACUCCUCAGUUCUUCAUCAGACAUUGUUAGUCAACCUCAGGUCUGUCUUUCAGCCGUCUCCCUAGGCUCUGCCACUACCACCACCACUGCCUCCCCUUCCCUGGAGGGCAAUGUGGUCUUGCCGAUGGCUGAAUCCUUGCUGCCUUUAGCCAAUUCUGGAACCACAGGUUUUCCUGCAAAACUCAACACUCUAACACCUCACCUGCUGAACCCUCUACUCGGUGCCAGCUUUGUUGGUGACGUUUCAGCGUUGAGCCAGCCUCAGCUGCAAGCCAUUGUUGGCAGCAAUUCAAUGUUCCUCCAGAACCAGCAGCCCCUUCUCCAGGCUCUGCAGGGGCCUCUGGGGAUCCAGAUGUUCCAAAGCCAGCUGCCCAUCCCAGGCCCGAUCCAUCACACUAACCCCUUGUCCUGCCUCUUCCACAAUGUCCAGGUGAAUGUGGGUCAGACUCUGACCCUCCCUAAACCAGGAAACCUCCCAGACCCAUCAGCCCCUCUGCCGGAGACCUCCUUCUCCAGCCUAAUAAAUUCCCAUCAUAACUCCGCCAGUCAGCAGUCACUGAUGAGCAGCCCCAGCCACCAGCCCCUGCAGCAGAAGGUUCACGUGAUGGAGCCAGACAGUGCUUGCAUGGAUGCUCUAUACAACACAGUCCUGGAUGCAGUGGGGAAAGGGAUUCAGGUGGUGACAAGCACAGCGCCCAACAGCAUUUGCUACUCCAGAUCUGUCCCAGCCUUUAGCACCACCAGUGCCUUUACAGCCUCUAUCUCUGACUCCAUGACAAGCAAAGGCGAAGCAAUGGCACAGAACGAGAGCGACCCCACAGGAGAAUCCCCGCUAGUCCACAGCAGCCACUCAACAGAGCAGACCCCCAGCAAUUCCCACGUCAGGCUCUUUGCUGAGCAGGCCGCCAGCACCUGUAGUGCUGAGCAGAUCUACUGGGAGCCUGGCUCCUUCUGCCGCCAUUUUGUUGAGCAGGUCACCGCUAAAGACACCACGAGCAAUAUUUGUACGUGCCACAACCAUGUACACUGUGAAAUCUCAGGGCAUCACUGUAGCGUGGAAAUAUCACUGGUCUCUCGUGCAGAGGCCACAGCAGAGGGGGAGACCCCGGCGGGACGCAGCCCGGCUCCGAGCAGCAGCACAGACAUCUACCCUCGGACACCAAGCGCUGCAACGGAGAGGGCGUUAUCAGGCGCGCUCUGGACCCCAGUAAGGGAGGGCUGGCAGAGCAUUGUGGACAAAGGACGUUUCACUCUGACAGCCUGGAGGAGGGGCGCGGGAAAGGGUUCCCGCCCUGGCCAGACAGGCCAGUGGGACUCAGUGCUGUGCAGCAAUCCGGUCAGGAAAGGAGAGAGGAAGAAAGUAAUACCCGAGAACAUGAAGACACUAUUGGUGGGGCUCGAAGCCCCACACAGGACCAGAAAAAGAAGUAAGAACACUCCGAAGAUGAACAGCAAUCUGGAAGUUGCUUUGCAAGAAGCCAUGAUGGAACUAGACCAAAUAACAGCCAACGCUGACCAGCCAACUCCAAAAGAAAAAACAAGGAAGCCAAUGAAAAGCAAACGAAGGAAAAUUGUCCGGUAGCCCUCGCCUCGCCGCAAGCAACCAACCCUUAAGGCCAUCGACGGGUCCUGUUGGCUUCCUUAGGAAGUCCAUUUGGGACUCAGUUUAUAAAGGUUUUUUUAAUUUUUUUUAAAAAAAUAAAUAAAAAGAGACUCUUCCGAGGGAGGGGCCGGAGGGUGGAGCGACGUCGUGGUCAGUCCCUGCUGGGCAGGAGCAGCGCGACGUCUUGAGCCGCUGGAGGCAAGUCCGGUACCAACCUCCGGCGGUUCUGGCUUCGUGAAGAGCAGUAGCACCAUCGUUUGGAAGCGCGUCCUUACUGCCGGCAAUAACUUCACUUGAGCAAUAAGUGAGGUACAGUGUGUAACCUGUGAUUAAACAAACGGGCCCUUCUUA